AUGGAAGUGCUUCAUCAACAAUUACUAGGUUCCAUUCUGGUUCUUAGUGGUAUAAUGAUGUUAGGUAGUAUGAAUAAUGAUAAUACUCAAUGUAAGCGGACUCAUGAAUGUCUUUAUGAAUGUCUUUAUGAAUGUCUUUAUGAAUGUCUUUAUGAAUGUCUUUAUGAAUGUCUUUAUGAAUGUCUUUAUGAAUGUCUUUAUGAAUGUCUUUAUGAAUGUCUUUAUGAAUGUCUUUAUGAAUGUCUUUAUGAAUGUCUUUAUGAAUGUCUUUUAGUAGGUGUACGAUUUUGGUUAAGUGUUAUUCGAUAUGUUGUCAUUAUUAGUAGUGGAGUGACAUUAUUAUGCCAAGAGAAAUUGAGACCACUUCGAAACCCUAGAACAGAUACUAAGGAAAUACUUAAGAGAUACGAGAAUGAGAUGGAAUUAGAUUUUGAUGUUGUUGGUCCAUUAACGUCACGUAUAAGACUGCCAGCAUUCAAUAAAUUAAUUAAUGAGGAUCAGGAUUCAUAA